AUGCUUUCUCGCGCAGCCGUCCGCGCCGUGCCGCGCACCUCGACCGCCCUGGUUGCCCGCCGCGGCUUCCACGCCACCCGCUCCCAGCUCUCGUCGCCCUACCACUACGCCGAGGGCCCCUACACCAACAUCCCCUUCAACCCCAGGACGAAGUGGUUCGGUCUGCGAUUCACUCUGUUCUGCGUCACGGGCUUCUUCGCCCCCUUCGGCAUCGUUGCCUGGCAAACCUACAAGCCCCGCAACUAG